AUGGCUGAUAUCCGCGAACCGCACAAUGCCUCUCCACAGGAAGGCGUUGCGCGCAACAAUGACCCGGCACUAGACAUUGCUCGCGAGCACCAACACCCCCACGUGCACCACAGCCCUCGUGCUGCCCACCCAGACAAUGUCGUCUACACAACUGGCACCACCGACGAGAAGCCGAGCGAAUUCCUCUCCGCCAGCGCUCAAGACAGCCAUGCUCACUCGCAUCCGGCUAUCGCUGAUGAGAAGCACGAGCUCGGAAAGAACGGUGGCUACGACUACGAAGUCGAAAAGGCCACUCGCAGCUCUUCCGACCCUGACAUGGAAGGUGAAAAGAGGAAGAAGUGGUAUUCCCCAUCAUCUCUGUACAAGAAGUACAGGCUGCUUUUCCACAUCUUGAUCGGCGCAUUUUUCACCGGAUGGUGGAUUGCAAGUCUGGUUGAACAUCGCCAUGACAAGAACUGGAUCAUUCCCUUCUUGUUCUGGCUCGCAAUCAUGAUUCGCUUGAUCACCUGCCACGUUCCAAUCACCGUCGUCACCAAGCCCAUGCACUGGGUCUGGACAAACACUGGAACCCGAUUCGCCAACCUCAUCCCAGAGAAGCUGCGCACGCCCUUGGCUGCUCUUCUCGUUGUUGCCGUCAUGAUUGUUGGAUCCUUUGCCAGCGAGGAAAGCCAAGACAACACUCGUGCCAACCGUGCAGUCUCCCUGUUUGGUCUUUUGGUCUUCAUCGCCUUUUUCUGGGCUACUUCGCGUCAUCGCAACAAGAUUGUGUGGCACACCGUCAUUGUCGGUAUGCUGCUCCAGUUCAUCAUUGCCCUCUUCGUUCUCCGCACAACGGCUGGAUACGACAUUUUCAACUUCAUCUCUGAACUCGCCCGCGAGCUGCUGGGUUUCGCCAGAGACGGCGUCUCCUUCUUGACCACUCCAGAGAUCUCCCAGUACCAGUUCUUCUUCUUCAGUGUUAUCCCGGCCAUCAUCUUCUUCGUGGCCCUUGUCCAGCUCAUGUUCUACUGGGGCAUUAUCCAGUGGUUCAUUGGCAAGUUCGCAGUCUUUUUCUUCUGGUCCAUGAGAGUAUCUGGUGCCGAGGCCGUCGUCGCUUCCGCAUCUCCCUUUAUUGGUCAGGGUGAAUCCGCCAUGUUGAUCAGGCCCUUUGUCGCCCACCUUACCAUGGCCGAAAUCCACCAGGUCAUGUGCUCUGGAUUUGCUACUAUCGCUGGUAGUGUCUUGGUUGCCUACAUCGGUAUGGGCCUCAACCCUCAGGCUUUGAUUUCUUCCUGCGUAAUGAGCAUUCCCGCUUCCCUGGCUUUCAGCAAGCUGCGAUAUCCCGAAACCGAAGAGACUCUUACUGCUGGCCGAGUCGUUGUUCCCGAUGAUGACGAACACAAGCCUGCCAAUGCGCUCCAUGCCUUUGCUAAUGGCGCCUGGCUUGGUCUCAAGAUUGCCGGUAUGAUCAUCUCGACGCUCUUGUGUAUCAUUGCCCUUCUCAACCUGAUUGAUGGUCUCCUUACUUGGUGGGGCCGCUACAUCAACCUUGAUGGAGACUACGACUUGACCCUCGAGUUGAUUCUCGGCUACCUGUUUUACCCAAUCGCUUUCCUCCUCGGUGUAUCUCGCGAGGGCAACGACCUGCUCCUUGUUGGCCGCCUCAUUGGUGUCAAGGUCAUCACCAACGAAUUCGUCGCUUUCUCCGAUUUGGUCAACAAAGACAAAGAUUCGCCAUACCACACUCUGUCCCCUCGAUCUCGCGUCAUCGCCACCUACGCUCUCUGCGGUUUCGGUAACGUUGGAUCGCUCGGUACUCAGAUUGGUGUGCUCAGUCAAAUCAGCCCAGGUCGCAGCGGCGACGUCUCUCGCGUUGCCGUCUCCGCUCUUAUCACGGGUGUCUUCUCCACUCUGUCUAGUGCGACCGUCGCAGGUCUCGUUAUCGUAGACCAGGCGAAAUUCAGCUCAGGCCAAUAG